AUCCGAACACAGUUAGCAUGUAAACAACCUUCAGCGAAGUGACUCAGUGCGCGUGUCAUCUGUCAGAUUAUUUGCUCAAAGCUCUAUUUUCACGACUUGUCACACGCUUCUGUCAUCGUUAUGGGGCUUCACAGCAUAUUGAAGAAGCUGAAACAGAAAGAGCACGAAGUUCGGUUACUUAUGCUUGGUCUCGACAAUGCAGGGAAGACAACAGUGGUCAAGAGGUUUUGUGGAGAAGAUAUCAGCACAAUAUCCCCAACUUACGGCUUUAAUAUAAAGACAGUUGAACAUGUAGUGGAUAAAUAUGAAUAUAAAUUGAACAUAUGGGAUGUAGGAGGACAAAGCUCACUGCGUUCGUACUGGAGGAAUUACUUCGAGUGCACAGAUGGCCUUAUUUGGGUUGUGGACAGUGCGGAUGUUGAUCGCCUGAAGGACUGCCAGGGAGAACUCAAAAAGCUGUUGGAGGAGGAGAGACUGGCAGGGGCAACACUGCUCGUGUUUGCUAACAAGCAGGAUCUUCCAGAAGCCCUUUCUUCCGAGCAAAUAAGAGAUAUCCUGGACCUCAACAAUCUCAAGACACACCACUGGUACAUCUUGCCGUGCAGUGCUGUCACAGGCGAGAACCUUGUGGCAGGAAUAGACUGGCUCAUCCGAGAUAUUGCGGCUAGAAUAUUCACCUUGGAUUAAUAUUAUUUAUAAAGACAUUUGAUGUAGGUUCAUGGACUAAUCAUGUUCAGUGAUGUUUGAGGUAGGUUCUUCAACAUUCCAUGUGUAGUGAUGGCCAUCUGAAGAAAAAUGUGACGUCUAGGAUUAUUCUGUAUGAAUGGAUAGAAAAUUUCUUAUACUUUUGUGUUAAAGAUGAAUCAUUAACCCAGUGGCCUCAGUCAGCAUGAUAUAUGCCCACUGUAAUUUUAGUUAUUAAUUCUGUUUAUACAGAAAUCUCUCCACAAGUAUUUAGUCACCGAAGAGUCAAUUAUAAGUUCUAACAAUCUCACUUGUUUACCCUUUUCCUUGAUUUUUGGAAAGAUUAAUUUUGAUUAUUAUGAUUAUUUUGAUGUAAUAAUAAUCAUAACACCAAUAAUAAUAUUAACGGUAUCAAUAUUAAUAGCAUUAAAAGAAAAAUGCAAAUUGAAGUGAGGAAAGCAGACAUGGUCACUAGGGAUGACUAAUUAGCUCCUUGGUAGCUAAGCAUUUGUGGAACCAUCCAUGUGCAACAAAAUUUACUGAAAAGUAUAGUGGACAGAACCAAAACCUGAGGCUGGGGGGUUCAAUAGAUUGUACAUUUUUUUUAACUGAUUUUUCCAUGCUGAAGAAUCAGAUAUUCACCUAGUUGUUGAGUAAAAACAUCCUUGUUUGUUUUCUUUAUUGUGGUAUAAGACUAUGUUUCAUUAGGUAUCCAAUUUAUAUAUUACUGAAAAGAGGUCAGUUUUAUUGUAUCAUGAGUAAUCAAGGGAAAUAUUACUUUACAUUAUAUUGACUUUUUUUCAUAUAUAUCUAAACUAUUGUUAUUAUUUAUCAUGAAUCACAGAGUAUUGUGAGUUUCUUUUAGGCAUGUCUAUGCUUUUUAUUUUCAACUUCAAACAAUAUAUAAAAGUUAUGAUUUUUAGGUAAGCUAGGAAACUAAUACAUCAAGUUUAGUGUGAAGGAAACAGGUGCACCACCAAAAUUUGUUUUAAAUUAAUUGUAUUCUCUUGCAAUAUGCAAAUGAUACAAACCAUUUUUUCAUCUCUUUCAUCAUUGUCAUCUUAGUAUGUAUUUUUAUUGUCUGUGAUGGUUUGUCUUCAUUAUCUCAUUAUUAAAUGCAGUCUCACAUUUUAGUUAUAUGUUGCAUUUUCCUUAGAUAUGUAGUUUUGUUGCAUUAAUGCAACAUAAUUAAUAAUUAAUUAAUUAUAAUCAUAAUUAAUAAUUAAUUAAUUAUGUUUUAUAUUUGGGAAAAGGAAAUAUCCAUAGCUAGGUUACCAAAGGAAGUUUUGAUGGUGUUGAGUGUCAUUUAUAUAUGAAAAUCCAUUGUGAAGACAGGUGCUAUGCGUAAAAAUAGACUUUCAAGUUUCAUGUCAUGUUAUAUUUGGUUACAGAAAUGCUUUGUAGUGAACAUAUGUAUUGAACAUUAACCAGACUAAACAAUGUACAAUAUAUGAAAUCUUUUGAUAAGAAAUGUAAAUUUAACAAUUUAGAAAAAGUUUAAUCAGAUGCAACAUUUCAUUCUGUUCUUAAGCGCCAUUAGUUACACCCUACAUGGACCAAGGCUAAUUCUGAAACAUUAAUCAUGCACAAAGCUUUCUUGUAAGGUAUAGAAGGAGAAACAGAUGAUUGGUUCUGAAUAUUUGAGUUUUGCUGAUAUACUUAAGCAUCAUGGUCUAGACUAGUUCAACAUAAACAAAACUUAGCUAGUUCUUUCAGUAAAUAUCAAUUUUGAUUUAAAUAAUGACUGCACCUGUAACUACUAUUCUAUAUUACUUUUAUUAAACCUCCUGAGGAUGCGCACAGUCAUAUUCACAUCCAUACAUCUCAAGACAGUGUCAUAAAAUUUGAGUAUUAUCACAUAAGCAUUUCAGAUCAUUUUCUCAUAAAUCACCUGGAAGAAUUUGAUGCACAAAUUUCACAGUAGGGAGAAUGUUCCUUUUUUAUCACUGUUGAACCGUCCGAGGACAGCCAUAAUUCUGUGACCUUUUUAGUAAUGUGUAUUUUCAUGUAAUAUAUCAAGCUUACUAAACAAAACCUGAAAAAUCGUCUAGAAGAAGAAAUAAAAUGGACAAAUACUCAGCCACAUAAAUAUAUAGGAGGAAAUAAAACUCUAAAACAGUA